AUGGGGGAGAAGGCUUGGGAUCACCCCUUUGGUUCUCCAAAGGAUGGCCUUAAACGCCAGCACAUCCUCAACCAGUGCUUGCCAAACUGCUUGAGGAGGAGGGAUGCUGGGUUAUUAAAUCAGUUGCAAGAGCUGGAUAAGCAAAUAAGUGAUCUCCGCCUGGACGUGGAGAAAACGACAGAUGAACACCUGGAGACAGACAGUCGUCCAAGUUCAGGGUUUUAUGAGCUGAGUGAUGGAGCUUCUGGAUCGCUUUCCAAUUCAUCUAACUCUGUCUUCAGUGAGUGUUUAUCCAGUUGCCAUUCUAGCACUUGCUUUUGCAGCCCUUUGGAGGCAACACUGAAUAUCUCAGAUGGACGCCCUAAAUCUGCAGAUGUUCAUCCCAAGUACCAGUGCGAUCUGGUGUCUAAAAACGGGAACGACAUCUACCGCUACCCCAGCCCGCUCCACGCCGUGGCUGUGCAGAGCCCCAUGUUCCUCCUCCCCGUGACUGAGAACCCCCAGCGAGAAGAGGAGAGGCUCGCUUGCGAUCUGAGCGACGUUUGCACCCCAUCUGAAACGGACUCGGGACAAUCCGCCAGCGCCUUCCCCCCGCAGAGCUCCUGGCCGGCUCCGUGCCCUUCCACCAGCAAGAGGAUAGACAGCUACAUCUUAAGCCUGGUUCAGAAAAAGACUCACGCAGUAAGGACUAACAAACCCCGGACGAGUCUCAACGCCGAUGCCACCAAAGGGAUCUUGAGGCAUGGGAGCAUGUGCGUCCGGCAGCCGGCAGCAAUGGUGGCCCACGGCAACGUGGUGAACCUGAAGAGCUCCAAGCCGGUGUGUUUGCCUCCCGGUGGGGCUCCCGCUCCGGACCACACGGCUCCCUCCCCGUUAAAGCAGAGGCCAAGGGAGCCGGCUGGGGAGCAGCUGGAGACUAGGAAGGCCCCUUUGCCAGCAGCUUUCCCACCUGGUACAACAACGGAGCUCCAGAGCAAGCACCUGCCACGGGGCACCAAACCGGCACCGCCGGAGCUGGGCCGCAACACCGCUGGCACGGCCGGGGAUGGCUCCAAGGAAAAUGGCCAGCUCUUUGCUGCAUCUCCCAAAGACACCGCAGGGAAGCCAGUGGUGCUGCAGCCAGAGAACAGGGUCAGCCAGCCUCCCAAAAAGAUCCUGUUGAAGAGCAGCUUGCAGGCCGCUCGCUCCUCGUCACCGGCUGUGGAGGAGAGGCCUGCGCUGGAUUUCAAAAGCGAGGGCUCUUCCUCGCAGAGCCUGGAUGAUGGGCUGCUGGUGAAUGCCCAGUACAUCCCAGCCCAGCAGCAAAGCAUGAAGCUUCACAAAGGCACCCGCAACGUCAAGAUUUUGAAAAGCUCUGCGUUGAAACACAGGUCCCACCUUGCCAAUGGGGUGGAAAACAACUCACAGACCUUGAGGGAGAAAGCCAAACUGGUCGGCAAGAAGUGCCGCUUCCCCGAGGAGUUGGAUACAAAUAAGAAACUGAAAAAGCCCUCGUCGCGGGGGAAGAGAGGCGGCGGCCUGCCGCUGGAGCCGAGCCUCCCAGGCCGGCAGGCCGGCCUGCACAGAUCCGCCCUCCGCUCCCAUGGGCACGGCCGGGAGGUCGUGGUGGCCAAGCCCAAGCACAAGCGUGCCGACUACCGCCGCUGGAAGUCCUCGGCGGAGAUCUCCUACGAGGAGGCCCUGCGGAGGGCGAGGAGGAACCGGCGGGAGGGCGUGGGGGUCUACUCACAGGUGCCCCUGCCCUACGUCAGCCCCUACGCCUACGUGGCCAGCGACUCGGAGUACUCGGCCGAGUGCGAGUCCUUGUUCCACUCCACCGUGGUGGACACGAGCGAGGACGAGCAGAGCAACUACACCACGAACUGCUUUGGAGACAGCGAGUCAAGCCUGAGCGAGGUGGAGUUUGUAGGGGAGAGCACGACCACCAGUGACUCUGACGAGAGCGGGGGCCUGAUUUGGUCCCAGUUUGUCCAGACGCUCCCCAUCCAAACAGUCACGGCACCAGAGCUGCAUGAAAAUGCAGCCAAGGCCUUUGUCAAAAUCAAAGCCUCCCAUAACCUCAAGAAGAAGAUCCUUCGCUUUCGGUCAGGCUCCCUCAAGCUCAUGACGACCGUCUAGUGAGGUGACUUGGUGGAAUGUAUCUGCUUCUGCUUUUGGAAGCAAGGUGCUUUUUUUUUUGUACAUAUUUCCACAGAUUUUUUUUUUUUUAAUACAAAUAUUUAAAACUUAAGGUAAAUUAUGUCACUUGUCUUCAGAACUUGGGUGGAUACUAGUGCCUUUUAUGUGGAAAUAAAAGACCGUUACACUUGUUUAAAAAAACCCAACAACACAACAUUGCCAUUUCAGUGGUGAACAGCCUCCAGUGCGUGGUGUCAGAAGGCUUUGAGAAAAGGCUAAAAUGUUUCUGGGAAUGGAUCUUCCUUGCCUAGUUUUUCCAGUUCUGGGUCUUAUACAGGAUAUCGACAGCUUAAGGUCAUAAGUUUUUAGGGAAUAAAGGGGAGGGAGUGAGGGUGUUUCUUAAUGGUUUUGCUUGUCCUUUUCUGCUGCUGCUGUUGCCACAUCUUGAACUUUUUCCUUCUGGUACUCUGGUCUGUUUUUUUUUCUUUUCUUGUUGAUUCUCUUCUUAAAACACACUCCUGUCCUCCCCCAGCCUUCCCCCACCAGGAAAGGGCUCCUGUUCAAUCUGUUCUCCAAGGUUAAGUCGCCUUCCCUGGAGUGCACUCUGCUCUGAUCUCCUGGGAGUCCCACUGCGGGCUGCGGUGGUGUCCAGAGUAAACUGCAGCUGGAGCAGCUGACCAAGGCUUAGUAACUUCAUUAUAUUGUGUAAAACUGCUUUUGAAAAAGAAAAAAAAUACCCAUAUGCAUGUCACGUGCAUGAGUAUCAGUAGUUUUAAUAUUCCUGUUGAUGUCCAAUUUACUGUACAUCAUCAAUGGCUGUUUUUAUAUAUAUAUAUAUAUCAUUGUGUAAAUUAAUAUAACACAUCAUAUGCUGUAAUAAACAGUCUGUUUUAAUAAUUUUUAAAGUUUGUUA